AUGCUCUCCCUACCCCUUAUUACUCCCCGCGACUCCCACGAGCUCUGGUUCGGCGGUUCUCAACCAUACCGAUCAGCCUCACCACCACAAAAUCCAAACGACCCAAACCGCCGAAAUGCAAAUCCAACCCACCGCGCAUUCAUGCCCUCCCGCUCCCCCGCAAACUCUCUCUCCGCCCUUCAAGUUGAAGAACGCGCCCUGCGCGCUCGCAAACUAAACAUUGCUUCGUUUGGAUACUCCUGGAUCCGCCCUGCCGGCUGCGCAAAGACAAUGCUAGGCAUGAAAGAGGAAGAAGCCGAGCGCGAAGAGGCGAUGGCUGCACAGCAGGCUGAGAUGAAUGCCGUUGAGGGGGAGGGGAUCAUGGAUGAUGAUACGAGGAUGCGCGAGGAGGGAAUGGAUCGGGACUUGGAUGAUGAAAUCCCUGAUGCGGAAGAGGAGGGAGAAGGGCUGGUUGAGGAGGGUGAGGAGGGACUGGAGGAGGAUGAAAUCGUUGAUGAGGAAGGGUAUAUGGAAAGGGACUUGGAUGAUGAUAUUCCCGAGGGGUAUCCUGAGGAUGACUAUGAAGAGUAUGAGGAUUUCGACGAUCAGCGGGAUUUAGAUGCUGAUGUUCCUGUUGCUGAGGGCUUGAGUGAUGGUAUGGAGAGGGAUCUAGAUGAUGAUGUUCCUGACGCUGCGGAGGAUGGGUCGGAACAGGAGGGGAGUUGGCAGCAUACGGAUACGGAGGAUGAGUUGGAUGAGGAUGAAGAGGAGGAGGCUGAUGAUGAUAAUGAUAGCGUUAGUGCCCGUCCCUCGGAGCAUUUCAGGACCAGUACGCCUAAUAGUCGGGGCGGGUUGCCUCCGCCUCCGCCGUUGAGACCUGGACGUGAGACGGAGGCUCAAUCGCGAUUUCUGUCUCGAUGGAGUGGGGGCGGUGACGCUUUUGAUUCGAGCAGUAUCAUGCUUGAGGCGGAUGAGUUGCGUGCGUCGGUGACGAGUCAGACUAGUCGCCGCAGUGGGUUUGCUCGGCGAUUCCCUCGACGAGUGGGUGGGCCUCGAGACAGUAUCAAUUGA